AUGUGCAGUGCUGACCUUUCGUUUUGGAGACAGAUAUUUAUACUAAUACCAGCAUGUCUACACUCGGUUUCCGCGGGAUUCAUGUUGGCUUUCCCGGCUGUGCUUAAUCCGGCAAUCCUAUCUCCGAAUAGCACAGACAUCACAGCUACUUCUGACCAAGCUUCCUGGAUAGCAUCAAGUAAUGGCAUUUCUGGAAUCGUCGGCUUCUUAAUAUUAUCACCUAUAUUUCAAAGCUUCGGUCGGAAGGUGGUCGGUAUCGGAUUGAAUGUCACAAUGGUCGUCGGCUGGCUCACACUCUAUCUUGCCAACAGUAUCACGGUCUUAGUUCUUGCUAGAGCUAUCCAUGGCCUAUGUGUAGGCGGAAUAUUUAUUAGUGCGGUAACUUUAUCUGAAUAUGCACAUCCAUGCAGAAGAGGCUAUUUCACGACUUUAAAGAAAAUAUCAUUAGGUGUAGGUUCAUUGGCUUGUCAUUCCUUUGCAAUAAUAUGUACGUGGAGACAAAUAGCUGCAUUUUGUAUAAUUCCAUCAGCAUUAGCUGCAAUAUUUAUGUUGUUCUGGCCUGAGAGCCCUGCUUUUUUAGCUAUGAAAGGACGAUUCGGCGAAUCCGAAAAAGCCUUCACAUGGUUAAAUGGAAACUCUGUAAAAAGUAAAAGAGAGAUAAAAGAGUUAUUAAAAUCACAGAUGGAGCGACAGGAAGUAAUCAAGAAAUCUGGAAAGAUUUCAAUUGUGAAUAGUUUUAUGAAAACAAUUAAAAAUAAAGAAAUGCAGAAAUCUUGUUUUAUAGUUGCACUUGUCACUUUAUGUAUUGAUGCUUGUGGCAGAUUCUUUCUAUUGGCUUAUAUAACGCAAAUAUUUGUAGAAAUUACUGGCAGUAAAUCAAUAGCAAUGUACUGUUCCAUAGUAUCUGAUCUCUUGAAUACUCUUGACUAA